GGUCUCCUCUCUCCAGGACUCCUCAGUCUCGUAACACCUUGGUGAUAGUGUGGGUGUGUCGUUACUCGGAUCACAAGAGAUUGCACUCCCCUACCCUCCUCCUUGUAUAUUAGUUUUCGUAUUUCUAAAAAUCCACCUCUCCGCACGUCUUGUCAAAAAUCUGAAAUCUCCUAACGCAUACUGGGGGGAUUUACAUGUACGGUAGUUUUCUCUCUUGUAACUGGCUGUGAUGUACAUGUGAAACGAAUAUAUCGAUUCCUUCGAACUUGAAAGAAGAUAAAUGCACGACGACGAGUAGUGAUUUUUGUUUUAAGCACUAAAAAAAGAUAUGGUUUUCACUUGGUAAAACGACCAUCAGGGAGAUUGAUUCGCGACACAUAAGCCGGUAGUGCGUGUAUGCAGUAAGUCGUAUUCUCAGAGAAUAUGGCACGUAGAUAGUAAGUUAGAUAGAUGCCCAUGUGAUCAUUUGACUUGACGGCAAAUUUUUACGUUUGUUUGUGCCCGGCGUUCACUCGGGAGGAGGAGGUAAGGUUGAGAAAAAACACCACUUUCACGACCCGCCCCCACACGAAUAUUUUCGAAGCGAUGGUGGGUUGAAUUUUGACAUGGUGUUGCCGCAAACGAAGAAGAAGUGGGACGAGAGCAGAAAACAAAAUAAAAAGAGCGCCUUGUGUCAGUCUGUGUGUAUGUGCGCCGGCAGGGAGAGGAGAGGAGAGGUGGUGGAAGCCCGUGUGAUUCAUCCUUAAAUAAGCCAUCCUUAUUAUACUGAUAUGACUGAGUGUGCAGGAUGGUGGUUGUAAGGUGUAAGUGGGACCGGGGUUGAUCAACACACCACCCGAGGCUCUGCUGCUCUUCACACGCCCAUCCACCUAUCUACCCCCCCCUCCCACUUCAUAAAAACCCUCUUAUCCACCCCUCACAGAUCAUGUACAACUCGGCCCACCAUCACAACAAGCCAGCUACAGCACCUUCUCCUGAAAGUGCUGCAGCUGCAGACAUCUUCGAGCAGCUUUGCGCAGCCUCCACCUUCAAAUCUGUACUCCAUCAUUACCGACACCUCUGUGAUGUGCUCAAGCUCAAACCCACAAAUAUUAAACACUUUUAUCCUAAAUUGAAGUCAAAACUUCGAUCCUGGAAAGCACAAGCGCUUUGGGGUAAAUUUGAUAAGAGAGCUAGUCAUAAAUGUUAUAAUCAUGGAAAGUCCUGUCCGAAUAGCAAGAUAUUAAUCAUAGGGGCUGGUCCUUGUGGUCUCCGCACGGCCAUUGAGGCUCAGCUGUUAGGAGCUAAAGUGGUAGUAGUUGAGAAAAGGGAUCGCUUCUCAAGAAAUAAUGUCCUUCAUCUUUGGCCUUUUGUCAUCAAUGAUCUCAAGCAACUGGGAGCAAAGAAAUUCUAUGGCAAAUUCUGUGCAGGGGCUAUAGAUCACAUAAGUAUAAGGCAACUACAGUGUAUUUUGUUGAAAGUUGCCUUAUUGUUGGGUGUUGAGGUGAUUGAGAAUGUUAGCUUUGAGGAGUUGGUUGAACCACCAGAAGACCAGACUGAAAAAAUUGGUUGGAGAGCUCGGUUAACCCCUACAGAUCAUCCAGCAAAUGAUUAUGAGUUUAGUGUUUUGAUUGGAGCUGAUGGUAAAAGGAACACAUUACCAGGCUUCAAAAGAAAAGAGUUCAGGGGUAAACUUGCUAUAGCCAUCACAGCCAACUUUAUCAAUAGAAGAUCAGAAGCUGAAGCUCGCGUUCAGGAAAUCAGUGGGGUAGCCUUCAUAUUCAACCAGAAGUUCUUUAAAGAACUGUACGCAGCUACAGGCAUUGAUCUUGAAAAUAUCGUAUACUACAAAGAUGAGACUCAUUAUUUUGUUAUGACAGCCAAGAAGCACUCUCUCAUAGACAAGGGGGUCAUAAUACGUGAUCUACAAGAUACGCAGCAGCUACUGCAUCCCAGCAAUGUGGACAGAAAUGCUCUCCUUGAUUAUGCUCGAGAGGCUGCAGACUUUUCAACCAGUUACCAACUUCCUCACCUAGAUUUUGCUGUGAAUCAUUAUGGUAAACCAGAUGUUGCCAUGUUUGACUUCACGUCAAUGUUUGCUGCGGAGAAUGCAUGUCGGAUGAUUGAGAGAAGAGGGCACAAACUACUUGCUGGUCUAGUAGGAGAUAGUCUAUUAGAGCCCUUUUGGCCAACGGGAUCUGGCUGUGCCAGAGGUUUCCUUAGUUCUUUUGAUGCUGCGUGGAUGGUUCGGUCUUUUUCGUCAGACAAAGCAACUCCCCUUGAGGUGCUAGCAGAGAGAGAAAGUAUCUACAGACUUCUAGCUCAGACAACUCCAGAGAAUCUAAGUAAAGAUCAUGCUUCUUAUACUUUAGAGCCAGUGUCCCGUUACCCCACUAUCAAUGUAAGAGCAGUUCUCCCAUUUCAAGUGCGAAGUUUGUUUGAUACAGAUGACCCUUCACAUUUAGAAGAAAUUACAAAUCCUCACCUGGUCUCAAAUGACGAUCUUCCAAAGAAGAGGAAAAGGCGAGACUCGUUUAUCCACCCCGACACAUUACUGGUAUGGUGCAAGAAACAAGUUGCUUUGUACGACAGCAUCCGCAUAGAGAACAUGACAACAUCAUUCAAGGAUGGUAGGGUACUUUGUGCUAUUAUACACCACUACCGUCCUGACUUGAUAGACUUUGGGUCUUUGAGAGCUGAAAAUAUUGCUGAAAACAACCAGUUGGCGUACGACAUCCUAGAGAGAGAAUUUGGAGUUCCUCCUGUCAUGACUGGAGCAGAAAUGGCAGAAUGUGAUGUUCCUGAUAAGCUGAGCAUGAUCUCAUAUGUAUCUCAGAUCUUUGAUGUCUUCCGUGGAGAAAUCCCCCACUAUAAAUAUCCCAAGAUGGAUGAUGGAGAAAUGGAGGUUGAUAAGAUUACUCCAUCAGCUCCGAGCUCGACACCUCACUUCAAUAUAUUGAAGAACCUCACCAACAAAACGGCCAAUACACCUCAGGGCACUUUGACUUCCAAAAAGAGACAGAAUGAAAGAGUGGCCCCCAAGAGGGAGGAUGGAUUAAUUACCUGUCAUGUAUUGGAGGAUGCUGGAGUAAUAGCAGGAGAUCGCAAAACUGAAAGUUUAAAGAAGACCAAGAAGAGGAGGAGUGAGAGAGUUGUAUCACCUCUGGAGGAUGAUAUAGAAUCUCGACAACGCCGUGAGGAAAUCCUGGCCAAUCGAAUAGAACGCUUAAGGAAACAAAAAGAAAAACGUGAACUAGACACUGUGCGCUUUGUACGUGCCAUGCAAAUGAUGCAAUGUGGUGUAAACCCACCUCUUGCAUCCUCCUCAUACAACCAGACCGAAGACACUGGUUUAGCCGAAUACAGGAAGAGCUGUGUCAGGACUAUGAGGGAAAAAGCGCAGGAUUUAGAAAGAAAAUUGUUUUAUUCUUCAGAGACUUCAGGAUUUGGGGAGACAAUGAAACCUCAGAUUGAUUCAUCAGCAGAUUUUAAUGAUAAGGUGAAGGAUCUAGAAGCCAAAUUCAUAGGCACCUCACAUCAUGCAUCUGAUAAAAAGCCAAAGGACAUGAUUCGAAGGAUUGGGAAGAUUGAAAAAACUGAUUGGAAUAUUGCAGCCAUAGAGAAGAAAAUUCAUGAAAAUGCACAUGGUGCUGAUAUUCAUCUAGAAAGAGAAAAGGUGCCUAAAUGGAGCAAAGAUGUUUAUGAAGAUAAGUUUCACAACAUUGAGAGAAGACUAAGGGAAAAUGGUGAAGAUGAAGAAACCAUUGCCAAAUACAAGGACAUUGAUGCUUCACUGAAACGACUGGAAAUGAAACUUCGGGAGGGAUCCACUUUAGAGACGGGAAUGCGUGGCCAAAAUAAGGUUUCUAAUCUAGCUUCCCAACUAUCUUCCAAAUUAGAGAAAAAAGGAGAUGAGAAAGUUUUGAUUACCAAGCCCACAAGGCCAACUGUCCCCUUGCCUACAUCAGGUUCUGAUUUGUGCCACUUUUGUGGAAAUCGUGUUUAUUUGGUGGAAAGGCUUAGUGCUGAAGGCAAGUUUUUCCAUCGCCAGUGCUUCAAGUGUGAUUAUUGUGCUGCAAAUCUUAGACUAGGUAAUUAUAUAUAUGAUCGAGAUGGCAGAUAUGGUGGCAAGUUUUUCUGUAUUCCACAUUAUGGGCUUAGUCCACGAGAGAGGGGGCUACGAAGGAAAACAGAAGAUACUGAUAGUGCCAAGGAGAAUAUUGUACCUACUUCUACCUCAACUACCCCAAGUUCACACCUACAUAUGAGAAAUGGACCUCAGACAUGGCCCAUAUGUGGCCAUGAGUUUUUAGAUUGGAUGCAACCAUCUGAUGGAGAGAUCUCACCCCGGCAGUACACAGCUCUUAUACGACGAGCCUCCUCCCUUCACUAUCGCCCUGAUCAUUUUCUUGCUGACCAUACUGGUGGCUGUCCUGUGAAAAACUUAGAAUAUGGCCAAAGAAAUCUCACACAGACUGGUGACACACUUAAACUUAAAGAUCCGGUGGUUACAACUGGAAACAAGCAUGUAACUGGGGGAAACUGUACAGAUAAACACUCACUGACUUUGACUAACAUGACCACAGAACCAAAUAGUGAUAAAAAGGGACUGACAAGGAAUUUAGGUUCAAAGAAUGAAAGCAAAUCAGGUUGUGUAAAACUAAAGACUAAUGUUCUAUUGUCAAAUGAAUUUGAUAAACUAAAAAUUAGUUCAGCAAGUAAGAAUUGUAGUAUACGAAUGAAACAGAAUUUUUAUUUGAGAUUUGAAGAUGGGAGCCAUUUAUCAGAAAGUAGCGAUUUUAAACUUGAUGAAAUAUCAAAUGGAGACAAAACAGAAUGCUCACAGCUUACUAUUACAGAACAUAGUCCCCAGACAAAUGAUACAGUAGAUCUUACACCACUUGGAGACACUCAUAAAUGCAGUUGUUUUCAUUCAAAGGCAGUUUCUCCAAAUGAGCUUGUUAGUUCUAUUCAGGCAUUUCACAUGUCUAGAGUUCUCACUUCUGAGACAAUUUCAUCAUCAGGUAAACUCAAAGACCAACCUAUUGUUACGGAACGACCAUAUUACGAUGGUGGCUAUGACACUGACUAUGACCUGACUCCUCCACACUCUAGCUCAGAAUGUGAUGAUGGAAAGUUGAAGCUGAUUUUGGACUCUUCACCAGUGUGGAGUCGUUAUUUGGCCUGGCUUCAAAGAAUGACCAAGGCUCACAGUCUCUUGAUGAUGUUUAUCCAUAUCAUUAAUACCAAAUAUGGUUAUAAAAAGCAGGUACCGGGGGCAGCUAGCAGUGAAGUUGGAGCUGGACCUAUUAGUGGUCAUGCUGUAGGAAAAGGAGGCACGCCAGUCACCCUUUCUCCCGAAGAUCGAGCCAGGGGAACUACUCCAGAACGUGUGGAAUUUGAGAACUCUAUGGUAGAACAAAGUGAUGAAGAAGAGUACUUAUCAGAGGAAGAGUGGACAGAUAGAAAUUUUGGUGCUUCAGCAAAUGAAUUGGAUGAUACAGAUGGGGAUGAUGAUAGUGACUUCUCUGAUUUAAGUGAUGAAGAAGCAGAGGAUGAAGAGAUGGAAUUCAUUGAUAGAGGAGGAACCUUAACUGCUGCUGAAACUCGCAGGCUGGCAGAAUCAUGGCAGCGUCGUUACUCCACUGACCAUUUAGACGAUGAUGCUGCAUCUGGUCAUGAAACAGAAUCAGACCUGGAUUCAGAUCAUUAUAGUGAAGAAUAUGGAGCUGAAGGGGAUGAUAGCCAUACUGCUACUGAAGGGGAAGGUGGUGAGGAUGAUGAUGAUGAGGAAGAGGAAGGGGAAGCUGUGAAACGUGCCCGUGAAAUUCGCAAAAUGGAAGUAAACAUAGAUGUUGCUGCUCCACCUAGAAAAGCUGAGACAUCAGAUAGUGGAUCUGAUACUGAGGUUGCCAGUGAUGAAGAAUCUGAAGAAAGUGAUACACAGAUUGAUACAGACUCUGAAUUUGCUGAUGAUCAUGUACAGCCAGGCCCCCCUAAGUCAAUUCCCACAAUUGUGAUUGAUGAAUCGCAAGACCCACAUCAAGAUGGUAGUCUGAGUCCUGUUUUGGAUGUUAAACACAAGAAGACCAAUGCAACUUCUGAAACUAGCACUCGUGGUGAACCAAGGAAAGAUUUAGUGGCUCAAAGGAUAAAUCUAGGUUCAACAGACAAGGAAGCCGGUGAUGAUGAGUGGGGCAAAGAAAGUGGGGAAAAGAGUGCUAGCCUAACAAAUCUCAAUGAAACUGGGAAAGUUAACCCACGUGCUGAACAACUCAAGAGGCUCCUGCAGCGCACAGAGUCGACAGAAGCAAUUGCUGCUAAAAAAGCUUUGCAGUUGAAACGUCAGUAUCUCCUUGGAGAACAGACAAAUCUCCCAAGGAAGUCUGUUUCUACAGCCGAUUUGGGUAGCCGCUUUAAAAGUUUCAUGGAUAAAAUCUCUGAGACACAGAAGAUGCUUAAUCCUGCCCCUCAGCCAAGUGCAGCUAUGCAAGCUUUUAUGAACACCUCUGUCACUUCUCCUAAAAGCCCUACAUCAUCCCCUUCAUCCCCUCAGUUACAUGCGAGGUCUAUUUCAUUGCCUCAGGGUGAUACUUCUACUAGUUCAAAUAAUGGUAAAGAUGGAAGUUCCUCUGGUGUAUCUGUAAUUCAACGAGAAGACACAAAAGACAUAACCACACGCAUUGAAUCAUCUGUUUUUCCAGUUGAAGCCAUAGAUAAUAAGGCAAGUAAAGAGAAUGUCAAGCCUACAGUUCCGCUGAAGGGCUUUCCGGUCUCAAAUGACACAAGUGAAGCCUCAUCAGUUGCAAAAGAGACCCUUCAAGAUAAAGUACCCAUCUCAGAAAGUAGUAGUAGUGAAACUAGUAGUACUUCCACAAGUGAAUCAGAUUAUGACAAUGUGCCUUCUCGUAAACAUUCGGUUGUUAAGAAAUCACCACCUGCUGCAGUUGAUGUUAACAGUGAAAAUGUUACUAAUUUAGAAAAGUGUAAUAGAGAAAAUGGAGUAACCCAAAGUGCUAAGUCGAAUUUAAUUGAUGACAAAAGUAUUAGGAUUCAGGAAAAAGAAUCUUCUGAUGACGGUCCCUCUGUUUUUAGCAAUUGUGACAUUGACAGAUGUGAUAAGGAAAUUGAACAUAGUAACACAGGAAAGUCUCAGCAUAAAGUGAACUUCAGUUUAGAGAGUGAAGUGAUUGAUGAUUUUGGUCUGUCAGUGCCUGGGGAGAGUGAAGGUGUGGAGACAAUAAACAGAGAACUUGUGAAAGUAAAUGCACCCAACUCUCUUGCAUUACAGAAUGUUGAAGGCUCCAUUACUUUCAGUAAAAUAAAUGAUGUUGUAGGUAAAGGUGGUAUUUUAGAACUAAGUAAGCAAAGUGAUUCAAAUGAUGAUGUUGAUGAACUUUUUGAUAAGCUUGCCAGUGAAGCAGUGGAUGAUGAUGGAAAGUUUGCCGAGUUAGUUGAUUCACCCAGAACAAUACUGGGUGAUAGCAAAUCAUUACUUGGUAGAGAGGUGAUUUGUGCAUUAUCAACUGAGGAAAAACAGCUGGAAAAGCACCCAGGUGUUAUUGAAGAUGCAGAAGAGGUUCAAGUUGAUGGUGACAUUGAAUCCAAAGUUCACAUUAUUGUGGAGAAAUCAGUUGAAAAUGUAUCCCAAGAAAAUUUGCUUACAGAUGGUCAUUUAUUGAGUAGGACUAAUCUUGAAGACAUAGAUAAUUUAGAAAGUAGAAGAUUAUGUAAGAAAGAGUCUGUAUCAAGUCCAGAGGCCAAAGAGAACACUGAGCUAGAACUUUCUGAUUGGGCAGGUGAUAAUGAUGGUCUCAGUGCUGGAGAAGACUUGGAAGUGCUAGUUAAUGAAAGAGACCGCAUGAAUAUAAAAAAGACCCCAUUAAAGAGUAUUGCAAGGAUCGCUUCUGAGGAAAGCCUUGGUGAUACUGAUUCUGCAAUUUCAACCGGUCCAAGCAAAACCACCUCUGUGCCUUCCAAGCCUUCUGUUUUGGGUGAUCUUGAAGGAAUUGAGUACAUGGACACCAGUGAAAGUGCCAGUAGUCCUGAUGAGGCUCCGCUGAAAGAACAGGGUUAUAGGAAAUUAGAAGAGGAGACUCCAACUACUCCCAUUGCUGUUCAGAUGUCUUUAAUUGGCUUUGAAAAGGCCUCAAUUGGCGAGGAAGUCAUCAGAGAUAAAUCUUCAGAGAGCACCAGCACUGAGAUGGAGGAUGACACUUCUCACAGUAGUGUCCAAGAGUAUUUGAAUGACAGCCCAAAAGGAAAAGAAAAAAAGUCUCUCCAAGACAAAACUAUAGAGGAAAAGAAACCCUGCCAGGAACUCAAGAGUAUGUCAGAACCACCAUCGUUGUGUGAAAGCAAACCAAAAUUGAAUGGAGAGCAGCGAAGAGAUUCUUUGGAUGACUAUAUGUCUCCUAAAAGGUAUGAAGGUUACAUUCCUCGAUUUAAAGAAAGAAUGAGCCCAUUUGGGUAUGUUAGAGAUUCACUAGAUGUCAAGAGAAAUGCUAUAAAGUCACCAGCACACCCUCCUGUGCAACAGGAUGCAGAGGACCGGAAAAAGAAUGAGAAGUCAGCAACUUCAGCUUUGCCAAGCAGUGGCACUGAGAGCAAGUCUAGCAUAGUAUCCCCCAACACUGCAAAGAAACAGAUUGAACAAAGUUUGAAGAAUAAAGAUCGUGAGAAGGAAAAGGACCUAAUCAAAGAAAUGGUUAUGUCGAGGAUAUCUCGCAAAACCCCUGAUAAAAGUGGGAGAAGAGGAUCAAGAACCUCUAACAGUCCUCUUUCAUCAACAAGCUCAAGAACAUCACUGUUCAGUCCCCAAUCCUCGCAAGAGAAUUUGUUAGACAAAUGUGAUACAAGUGAAAUAGUGACUAAGGAUUUGGAAGAAAGGGAACAGGAGUUCCACAGACAAGCAAUAUCUGCUGAUAAAAAAGUAUUACUUAGAUUAGAUUCAGUUCACCCUGACUUACCAGAGAGUGGCCAAACAUUUAUUGCUGAAGAGAGGAGGUUCAAAGUUAAGGUUGGUACAAUAUUUAGGGAUGAUAGUGUUCUUGGAGAACCUGGAGAUUUUUGCGAUGAUAUAAUGACAAAAUCUCUUGACAGCAGCUUGAAAUCAAAUUUGCCAGAAAGUGGUGAAACAUUUAAUGCUGAGGAGGGGAGAGCAAAAGUGAAAGUGGGAUGUUUAUUUAGAGAUGAUAGUGUUUUAGGACAUUUUGGCAAAAGUGAGUCACUUCAAGAUACCAGUGUUCCUUUUGCUGAUGAUAGUUUGGAGGAGGUAUUUGAAAGGAAAGACAGUAGUAAAAGAAUACACCUUGGAGUCUCAAGUAGAAAUUACCUUGGGAGAAAGGCAAGUGAUCCAAAAGCUACAACAAAAAUUAAUAAUGAACCACAAAGUCCUUCACAUGCUAAUCUUCCUGCAACACCUAUGACACAUCCCGAGCAGUUUCAUAAUACAGGCCUUAAAAGAGAGCUAUUUCAGCCUUCUUCCGAUACAGUUCCUAUUACUCCUGUCAGAAGGAAUAGACCCAGUACUUCUAAAGUUUUUACUACUCCUUCAAAUGUAGAAAGACCUCUGUCAACACCAAAUUUAAGCACGGUGGAUCGUGAAAAGGCCAGAGAAGAAGCACGUCACCGAGCAAGACUAAAGACUGAUUUAGAUUUAGGAUUAAGUCCUCCAAAUUUAGCAGAUAACUUGAGGGAGAAGCUUAAAAAGAGUAGUGUAAGUGAGUCAGAAAGUAAUAUUUCAAGAGAACACCUUAGCAAAGAGACUCAGAAAGUCGUCAAGCAAGGUGAUACAUCAUCACUGCGAAAAGAGGAACCUAGAGUCAAAGAUAAAGAAGAGAGAGUAAAAGAGUUGUUAGCUGAGCAGCGUGAACACCGGCAAAGAGAACCACCAACCAACCAGGAAGAGUGGAGUAGCAAAGAUGAUCGUGUUAGAGAAAGACUGGAGGAGUAUAGGCAAAAGCGAAGAGGAAGCACCAAAAAUUCGGAGAGUGGCGAAUCACGACCAAAUAGUCAAUUGUUAAGAAGACCUACCCAUAGACCAUCACUUUUAGAACUGGAGUCAUUACAAGUGUUUACAUCAUCCCCCACUAAAAUAACAUCUGCUUCAUCUGGCAGCAUGGCACCAUACAGUGUUGUUAGUUCAUCGUCAUCUACCAGCAUAUCAACUGCUGUUCCACAGGAUAAACCUAUUUUGGCGGUUUCUCAGUCUUCACCUUCUGUAUGCCCUGCAGCUACAGUUAGUACCACCCCUGCAAGCCAACCUUCACAAGAACCAAGCUCAGUGGAAAAACCAUCAGAGAAGAAGUCAGGAAAGAAAUCAAAAGAUAGAGAACGUAGAAGGAGCUUGAUCCAAGUUUUUGCUGGCAUGUUUAGUAAAUCAGAUGACAAAAAAAAGAAUGAGCAACAGACACAAGAAACACCUGAAAAUACAAGCUUAAAAUCAAGUACUAAUCAGUCUGUGGUCCAUGUUAGCAGUGCUCCAAGUGAGACUCCAAAGAGUGCCCCAAAAAGUCCUCCAACAACAGUUAAAGAUAAACUUUCUAGAUUGCGACUGUCAAGAUCAAAGGAUAAAAAGAAGGUUGAGAAGGGCCGAUCGAACAGUGCAGACGUGCUUGAUCAGGGGGGAAGAGGCGACAACACCCGCUCUGCCUUUUCCUUACCUACAUCUCCAACCCGAAAUCCAUUCUCCCCCUUAACAUCCUCGCUCACUAAAGCCUCACCACCUCAAGCAUCAGGGACCACCUAUUCCUCCCAAGUACGACACACCACCCCAAGAAUUGAAGAGGAAAGUCUUUCGGAAGAUGAUGGAGGAAUGCCAGGUACUCCAGCUGGUACCUUAGAUCGUGCUCAGGCUCCAUGGUCAGGAUCUACUCGAAAGCAGCGUAAUGUUAAAAUUGCCAGACAAGCUGAGUUGAAAAGGCUAAGGAUGGCUCAGGAGAUACAGCGUCAACUUGAGGAAUGUGAAGUAAAGACAAGAGAGCUUGAGGAAAGAGGAGUUGCUGUAGAAAAAGCUUUAAGAGGAGAAAAUGGAGGAGCCAGUCGAGAUGAAGCAGAGCUAAUAAGUGACUGGUUUUCCAUGGUGCAUGAGAAGAAUGCUCUCGUGAGAUGGGAACAGGAACUUAUGGUAAGAGCCAAGGAGCUUGAACUAGAGGAUCGGCACGUCAGGUUGGAACAUGAAUUGAGACAUCGCAUGGCUUUAUCAGAGAAUGAGCGUAGCUGCAUACAGGCUGACUCACGCAAUGAACGAGGCAGGUCAAUCCAUGUCACUUAUGACCAAGGUCUAGCAUUAGGAUUUUGUUUUUCAGAUGGUUCAGUAACAGCGGAAGUGAAGCAAGAGCAAGGUAUUUCACUUAGAAGGACAUUGAUCGUUGAGGGCACCAUCCUUGCAGAAAUGUUGAAUAUUUUGGAGCAAAAGGAUGCUCUAGUCACCAUGUUAGAGGAGGACAGACAGAGGUACAUGGAGGAAGAUCGAGAUCUUGAAGCAGUAAUGUUACGUAAAGGCCUUCAACUCUCUCCACUUAGACGGGAAACUGGUGUUUAAAAGUUUUUCUGAGGUUUUGUUAAUAUGUAAAGGUGCUUCAAUGACUGAUCAGCUAUGCAGGAUAUUCAGCAAAAGAAUAUCUUUGUAAACAUAAACUUACUAAACCAUAGAACUCAAGUUUCUUUUAAGCAUUCAUCUACUCUGAAAUCGUUACGUUCAUCACACAUUACCCGGUACUUCCAGGAUCAAAUGUAAUAAAUUUAUGUUACACUAUUUUAAUAAUUUAGCUAUACAGUACCUAAACCUUGCGAAUUACUGGAGCAGCUGUUGAAAAUUGUUAAAGUGAAUAAAUACAAUUUUUCAUAAUUUGUAUAUAUUUUAGGCAUAAACUUAGUUUUAAUUUUGACUUGAGGAAUGAAAUUUGGCGUCAUCAUUGAAAUGCAAGUAUACUGGAAAAAGUUUAGAAGACUGUUUUAACCAUUAAGGUGAUUUAUUACAUUGUGCUAGGAAAUUUACUCCCCAUAGUAAAAAAACCGUGCCUUUAUUUAUAUUAUAUUCUAAACAAACAAUUAUUGUAAAAAUGAAAAUUUUUUCGAUUUAAAUAGAUGCAUCAAACUUUCUACACCAAUACACUUGAUACUUUUGGUAGUGUUUUACUUCAACUUUCUUUUGCUUUUUACGAGCUUUCUUCAUGAUUAAUAAAUGUACAGUAUAGUAUCAUACUUUUAUAUUUUCCUUGCUAAAAGUACUGAUGCCUUGUUUUGUGGUAUGUACUUUGCUUUAUAACUGUUUACAAGAAGAUUGUUAUUUAUUGUAUUUAAUUCCUGGUUAUGUAUCAGCUCAUUUUGAAUGUGUGUAGAUGUACAGUAUAUUGAAAGUGAGCACUGAAUCCAUUUGGAUGGAUGAAAUUCAUACUUUCAUACUUCUACUUUUGAAAGGUAGCUUUAAUUCAUGCAUUUGUAUAUAUAUCAACUUUCGUAAAAUCCAUUUUGCAUGAAAAUGCCAUGUAUUUGACAGAAAUGUAUAGUAGACCCCUAGCAGUCGUGUCAUAGAAAAGAAAGGAGACAUUUUAAACCGUAGGUUGUUUUUUAAUACUAGGCCUCUGAGGUUUUGAAGUCAUAUCCAUUGGUGAUAACAUUAAAGUAAAUGAGUUUUGUUUUAUAUUUUGACCAGAAUAAUCUUGAAUAGUGUGUGUGAAAAGUUAUUAAUUAGAAUGAGUGUCAGGUAUAAAGUAAAGUCAGAAAAAUAUUUUAGUUUGUUUACUUAUACCUGUAUUUAAUGUUCUGAUCUUGUAAUUCAGAUUGGUGAUGUAAAUUAAUAUAAGUUUUUCAUCUAAUUUAUACAUGUUUUUCUACAUAUUUCAUUGUAUUGUGUACAGUUAGAUAAAUAUUGGCUAGUUUCAUACUGUAUUAUUUACCAUGGUGCUCAUAGUAAUUGAAAUUUUAAAA